AUACGAACUAAUACAAUGUUGGGCAUUAUGAAAUGUUCUGUGCUAGCUACAGUGAUUACAUUCGCUUCAUUUUUAUCAAUGGAAAUCGUAUUAGGCAUUCCGCUCGACUGUGCUAAUCUCAAAAAUGACGUAGUUCCAAACAUCAUCAGUAGACAAAACUGGCAUGCUAGGCAACCAGUAGAACGAGAACUGCUGGAAGUAACGCCAACACCUUACGUGGUAAUUCAUCACGGAGGAGAGCCUAAAUAUUGUUACGAUGAAAAAACGUGUUCCGCCAUCGUAAGGCAAUAUCAAAAUUUCCAUAUCGACGAUCGACACUGGUUCGAUAUCGGAUAUAGUUUUGUUAUUGGCGAGGACGGAAACGUUUACGAGGGUCGAGGCUGGGAUUAUGUCGGAGCACAUGCACCUGGUUAUAACACUCAGAGCAUUGGAAUAUGUAUUAUUGGUGAUUUUAGUAGUAAGUGUUUUAUAGUUCAAUCAAUUUUAAAAGUACGCAUCGAGUGUUGUGGCUCGUAUAAUGUAACAAAACACAGUAGCAGUUCAUCUCAAUCAACGAUGAUGGAGAAAUUAAUAACGGUGCUUCUCAUGCUAGCCAGCUGCCAAGUGUUCGGUGAUGUUCUCGAAGAUCACAAUAUACCCGUUCGUCCAAACAUAAUAUCGAGAUCAAACUGGGGAGCCAGAGCACCGAAGAGUCAGCUACAGAAUCUUGCAGUGAAUCCUCCACCAUAUGUUGUAAUACAUCAUUCAGCAACUGAUGGUUGUACGACUCAAGCGAUUUGUCAAGCAAGAGUGAGAAGUUUCCAGAACUAUCACAUGGAUGAAAAGAACUGGACCGAUAUAGGGUAUAAUUUUGUGGUUGGGGAAGAUGGAAACGUUUACGAAGGAAGGGGAUGGGACAAACAUGGUGCGCAUUCGAAACCUUAUAAUUCGAAGAGCAUUGGAAUUUGUAUAAUAGGCAAUUUCGUUGAUCAUAAUCCAAACACAGCAGCCAUAAAUGCAACUCAAGACUUGAUUGCAUAUGGCACGACUAUCGGAAAAAUAAAAGAACAGUACACUCUGCUUGGCCAUUCUCAAACAGCGGCGACUUCUUGCCCAGGCAAGAGCCUCUACAAACUGAUUCAAACUUGGCCUGGUUGGUCGUCAAUAUAAUUAUUCGAACAUACAUAUCGUAGUAUCCAUAUUUUAUGUUAUGCUACUUUUUUUUGCCAUCAAUGACAUGCUUGUAUUUAAGUACUUAGUUAAGAGUAAUAAAAACAGUUCCAUUAUAAGUGAAAAA